AGAAUUAAAAUUAAAAAAGUGAUAAUAAGUGAGUGAAGCAGCUCUCACAACCAAUAAUUCAAUCAGCAAUGGCAUCGACCAACCCGGCGCUUGAAGCGGAUACGGACUCCCCGGCGGAUCCGGGUCUGGAGCUGGCCCAGUUCGCGGCCGGCUGCUUCUGGGGGGUAGAAUUGACUUUUCAGAGGGUUGAGGGCGUCGCCAAGACGGAAGUGGGCUACUCGCAGGGGCACGUCCACGACCCGAAUUACCCGCUGGUUUGCACCGGAUCCACCAACCACGCUGAAGUGAUUCGGAUCCAUUUUGACCCGACUGUUUGCCCCUAUACGACUCUACUUCGUGUAUUCUGGGGAAAACAUGAUCCCACUUCUCUCAAUCGUCAGGGAAAUGAUGUUGGGACACAGUAUAGGUCAGGAAUAUACUACUACAAUCAAGAACAAGCAAAACUAGCCCAAGAAUCACUAGAAGCAAAGCAGAAAGAGGUGGAGAAGAAGAUAGUGACUGAAAUACUUCCAGCCAAAAGAUUCUACAGAGCUGAAGAGUAUCACCAGCAGUAUCUCGAGAAGGGUUCAGGGAAAGGCCCCGCACAGUCGGCUGCCAAGGGCUGCAACGACCCCAUCCGUUGCUACGGUUGAUGCACCCUCUUUCGUAUAUUCAAAUAAUACCGAGAAAACACUUGUGUGAGACCAUCUCUCUGGUGACUUAAGUUUAUGAAUAAUUGAGUAUGGACUAGUGUUUAUUUAUGAGGAUGUGACAACUAUGUUUAUGAUAUUUUUCUUCAUCUGCA